AUGGAGAGUCUAUAUUCUGCGUGGUGGGACGCGCGAUCUUCGCAACCUUCGCCGGGUCCGACAGGCCAACUGGCUGUGUCAUUGUCCAACUCGUUCUUCUCAGAGCGAAUUGCCUCCAGUAACUCGACUGCCAUCAACUACUCCGUUACAAGCGAGCUCAUCUUCGCAAGCGGUAACGACCCCGAACGUUGUAUCCACCAGCCCAACGCCUGCUGUAUCCUCCCCUGCGUCUUCGCAACCACCGGCCUCUUCACCAACAGGGGGUUCUUCCGGUUCUUCCCAAGCAGGGGGUUCUUCCCAAGCAGGGGCUUCCUCACAAGCUCCUGGCUCUUCACAAGCGCCUGGUUCUUCACAAGCACCUGGUUCUUCACAAUCACCAGGGGCUUCAGUGUCCCGGAUUUCAACUCCGUCAGCUGCGGCUGGUUCCACAGGUGGACUCUCAAGCGUGCAGUCUCCAGCCUCGAGUCCCGCCUCACUCAGGCCGUCCAGUCCAUCUUUCCCUCCAGUAUCAGGAGGCUCGACUCCCGUUGUGUCCACAGUCCCCAACUCAAUCUCGCCACCAUCAGUCGGCCCUACAAGCGGACCAUCUGGUGCUCAACCUUCAACACCUACCUGGCUCCAUCACCGUCCGCGUCGGGGGCGAAUCCUAUCCAGACGGUCAUUGCAGGAACGCCUUUCAACAUACCUUUGACACAGUACCUUAAUAACCCGCUUGACGAGAUCAACAGUAUCACCACAAGCCCCAACACCGCUUUCCUGAAUAAUUUGGAUCCAGUCCUCAAGACCCUCUCGGGAACGGUUCCAGUCACGGUCACCCCGUCGACUCUUGAGGUGACUUUAUCCGCCGCUGGGCUGCUGGGAGAUGUCUAUACGAAGACCUUCCAGGUAGCAAUACUUGAGGUGCAACGGAUUUACGCUGGGCAGCGUUUCGAUAUCCUCCUGAAUAAAUACCUGCAAGACGCGUCAGACGUUCUAAUCGGUGUCGUUUCGCUCCCAAACGCAGUUUUCCUGGACGGAAUCAACAUUCUGGACAAGACCAUAUCAGGUAUUGCCCCGGAAUCAGCCGUCGGGGACGUCAUCACCGUGACUCUCACGGCACUUAACCUGGCGAAUGGCAACUAUGUCAGAAGCUUUGUGGUAUCGGUCUUGCCAUCUCUGACUGUAGUACCCGGCCAGCCUUUUGACAUCGACCUGAAAGCAUUCCUGAAUGACCCAAAUGACUUCAUCACUGGCUUUUCUACCAGUCCGAUUGUUGGAUUCUUGGAAGACGGGUUCAAUGAAGCUGAGCGGCAAAUAAUCGGCACAGCCCCAGUCAGUGCAGCCCCAGAAACUAUCACCGCCACUCUGACUGUCACGGGCCAGGCUGGGGAGUACACAAGGCUGGUGUCUAUUGUGAUUGCUCCCCUACAGAAGGUCUUCUCUGGGCAGGCCUUCGAGAUACCGUUACAGGACUACCUGGUGAGCGUGGCAGAUACGAUCACUGGUAUUAGCACCAACCCUGAGACAUCUUUCCUGGAAAAUGUUCUGAACCCCGCCACUAAGCAAAUCAUCGGCACUGCCCCGCUUGAUGCUGCCGCGGGUCUCGUCCAGGUCACUUUGAGCAUUACAGGGGUAUCUGGCCCGUACACAAAACUGCUCUACAUUGUGGUGGUUCCAACCAACAUCAUUACUAUUGGGCAGUCGUUCGUCAUUGACUUGUCGCAGUACCUGGCCAACCCGGCGGAUACCAUCAGUGGUCUCAUCUCUCUUCCGGGUCUAUUAUCGUUCCUCCAGGACGACCUGGACAUUGCUCAACGGCGGAUUGCUGCUAUUCUAUGUGAUAAUUAUCCCACAAAGCUCGUCAAGCUCGUCCAUUCUAUCCAGCACUUCGACAGUGUCGUCUCAGGUUUCGAGCGGAUCCACCCCAGUUUUCAUCACCACCUUCUCCAGUACAUUUUCUCAAACCACCCAAAGCUUGUCCACUCCCUCAGAAACCGAUUCAGUCUCUACGACUCCAUCCGCGUCCUCUGGGUCAAGCGUCGGGUCAUCUGA